AUGGACUAUUCAUCACCGCAGUUCAUGAUUGCAGCUGCUGUGUUAAUCAUUGGCUCUUACUCUUCCUUCCUAAUCUACUGGUUGGUUUUGCAAGGAAUAUCAUUUCGCCGAAACCUCAAUGAAAUUCGCAAAGCAACAACUCCUGAAGAACUCAUUGUUCAACUGUUCCGUCAUGUCAGUACUGAACGAUCUGAUUUCUAUCUCAUGACAUACUAA